AUGUAUCUAAAUAUAAAAGGAAACAUUCACAUUCUUCUGGUCUACAAUACUGUAGAUCAGGAGAUAGUGGGCACUCCUUUAAAAUUUCAACAUGUUCUUCAAAACAGUGACAGAAAUAACGUGGCUGUAAACAAACUAAUACUGAAUGUGCCGCAAAACUCUAUUGUUGUGCUUGACAAUGCGAGUUAUCACAAUGUUCUGCAUGAAAAACCACCAACAAUGCAUAGCAGGAAAGCUGACAUGGCAUAUUGGCUAAAUUCCCAAAACAUUCAAUUUGACCAAGGAAGCAUAAAGAUCGAACUGCUUGCCUUAAUAGAAAGCAACAAACCCACAAAGAUUUACACUGUGGAUAAACUUCUGGCACAUUAUGGUCAUUCUGUUCUCUGUUUACCUCCUUACCAUCCUGAAACAAAUCCUAUAGAAACGGUAUGGGCUAUGGUAAAGAACUGGGUGGCUACAAAGAAUGUUCCGUUCAAGCUGGAGGAUGUGUGGAAGCUAGCUGAAGAAAAAUUUUUCUACAUUACUGUACACAAAUGGGAGGCAGUUUGCAGACAUGUGGAAGAUGUGGAAGAAACAUAUGCAAAUCAGGAAAAAUUGGCAGACAAACUGGAAGAAAUGGUUAUUGAGAUACGUGCCAGCGAUACUGAUACUGAUGACACUAGCGAUGAUUAUGAUGAUGAUGACUUCCAACCUUUCCUGUCUGAGGACAGUGAAUAA